UGAAGAACCAACUCCCGAUAUCCCUUCACAGCUUAUUUCUCUCUCAUUUCACAACUCGUAAUACUCGUGGCACGCAUGGCACAAUCCGAGGACCCGUCAAACAGCCAUGACCCCAACCAUGACAACAAAACGACUACAAUGUGGGGGAUCAUCCUCUGCGUCGUAGUCAUUCUGGUCAUCUGCAUCAUCUGCUUCGUACACUGGCUCCUGCGAAAUAAUCAUAUGCCACGGCCUCUGGAAACACAGCUUCCGCGAUUUCGAACGAGCUCCGGUCUGGGAAAGUUGGCCGUGGAGAGCAUGCCGACCGUCACUUAUCAUCAUCGGAUACACUCCAAGCAGAUUCACACGCAAGCCCAAAUGACUCCAUACAUGUUUCGAAAGGCACGAAAGCCGAAACUCGAAAGUUUGCAGCGCUAUUUCACGAUGCCUAAUUUGUCGAAUCGCUCUCCGAAUGUCACCGACCGAAAUGCACGGCAAGCAGAUGAACGCACUUCUCCAGCGUGUUCUAUCUGCACUGAAGAUUUUAUUGAGGGAACAAAUUUAAGGAAAUUACCAUGCGGUCACCUCUUUCAUCCACAAUGCAUUGAUCCGUGGUUGAUAGGACGAUCGCGGACUUGCCCACUAUGGUCAGUUGUAUCACCAUCUCUGAUGAAAUCCAGCUGACAAAGCGCCUCUCUUUCAUCAAGUCGCGUUGAUCUGGCCACUUUGAUCAGUUUGUCGAAACCGCAAGCAGUGCAUUCAUUUGGUACACGAGGACGCGCAUAUCAUUCGCAAGCUGCAAGAUAAUGAUACUACGAAAUACCCAUAAGACAAUGACCAGCGAUUUGCGACGAGGAGCAUGGCCAGGGCGUUUCACAGUGUAAUGCACAUUCCCUUCAGAUAAAAAUUGCAAAACAUGUUUCUUCCUUGCUGCGAAAGCGGCAAUCAAUUAGACUA